UUCAAUAUCAUGAGUAAUAUGAACAACGACCAAGAAAGCAUUCAGUUUUGGUCCUCACUUCUCCACUCCCUUGCUGAUUCCGACCCUAAGGAUGAUCACUUAUCCGAGAUCAGUAGCCCGAUAAUGGUGAUGUCUACAUCGAUGGCUAUAGAUGUUUCACCUAAACCUUUUAAUGCUCCUAGAGAUGGACAUAAGGCUGGACCGCAAAAAGCUAUAGCCGAAACUGGAGAUAUAAGCAUUGAUGAGGGUGGUCAGAGAUCUGCUGAAAAGCAUAUUGAGGUGAUAAAGAAAGAAGGUGAAAAAGAAGAAAUAAAGAAUUUUGGUAAGAAUAAGAGACCACGUACUAAUGAAGCUCGUAAUACGGCUGAGAAGAGGAGACGCACCGAUAUAAAAACUAAAAUUGAAAAUCUGAAGCAGUUGACACCUAAUUGCAAAAAGAGAGACAUAGCAUCGACACUUGAUUGCAUCAUAGAUAAUAUACGCUGGAUGAAGCAUUAUGUAGAAAGUCAGAGCAUGGGUCCCAUGUUACCACUUGGAAUGAAAAUGGAUUUUCCGGCACCAUGGUUCCCUUCUAUUCCUCCCAACUUUAUCAUGCCGCCGUUCAGUGGUUUUACCCCAGGAGAAACUAGCUGUGCCUAUGGCAAUCAAAAUAUUGAACCUUCUACCACCAAGGGAUUCAACAAUCAACCACACUCGUCAAGAUCUAUGUGAGCUAGUGGUGUUUUCAUAUUUCAGACGUCUGGUUCCUCAAGUUCGUUUAUACUAUGUGUAUGUUUAUUGUUUAGUAGUUUAAAGUUGUUCUACCAAGAUUACAAGACUGUGGCGUGCUCUUUUUUCGUUCGUCACAGCGUAUUUAUGUUGUAACUUUGUGUUUUUUUUUUGUAACUUUGUGUUAUAUUUCAAUGUAAA